AUCGAUAUACAUGCUGACAGCAACCUUUUUACCGCCGCUGCUAAGAAGUAAACACGUUGCAUUUUGGCAAUUUGUUGAUUUCAAAGAUAUUUAGUGCAUAUUAAGUGAAUUUGCUGUCUAUUGCGCAGACAAACAGUGCAAAAUGGCGAAUGUGGAACGCAAAGGCACCUUUAAGGUGGAAUAUCUGCAGAAGAUCGAACGCGAAGUACAACAGCGUUGGGAAAGCGAACAUGUGCAUGAAACGGAUGCACCAACGGCGCCCAAGAAGCGACAGUCUGAGAAGUUCUUCGUCACAUUUCCGUUUCCGUAUAUGAAUGGACGGCUGCACUUGGGUCACACAUUCUCCAUGUCGAAGGCAGAGUUUGCAACGCGCUACCAUCGCCUCAAGGGACGUCGCGUCCUGUGGCCUUUUGGCUUCCAUUGCACGGGAAUGCCCAUUAAGGCAUGUGCCGAUAAAUUGGCUCGUGAAAUCGAACAAUUUGGCUAUCCGCCCAAGUUUCCUGAUGUACAGGAGGAAGCGCCCGCUGUAGUAGAGACUCAGUCUGAGGUGCCCAAGGAUAAGUCGAAGGGCAAGAAGAGCAAAGCUGUUGCCAAGACCGGCUCGGCCAAGUAUCAAUGGCAGAUUAUGUAUAGUCUGGGACUUAAGGAUGAGGAGAUCAAAGAAUUCGCCAAUGCCGAGCAUUGGCUGAACUACUUUCCACCGCUGGCGGUGCAGGAUAUGAAGCGCAUUGGUGUCCAUGUCGAUUGGCGUCGCACUUUCAUCACCACUGAUGCUAAUCCCUACUUUGAUUCAUUUGUUCGCUGGCAAUUCAAUCAUUUGAAGCAGCGCGGUAAGAUUAUGUAUGGCAAACGUUAUACCAUCUAUUCGCCCAAGGAUGGACAACCCUGCAUGGAUCAUGAUCGCUCCUCAGGCGAAGGUGUGGGACCACAAGAGUACACACUCAUUAAAAUGAAGGUCCUGCAGACGCCAAAGGCAUUGAGUUCCAUUAAGCAGCCCAUUUACUUUGUGGCGGCCACACUGCGUCCAGAGACGAUGUAUGGACAAACCAAUUGUUGGCUGCAUCCGGACAUCAAGUAUAUUGCCUGGCAGACCACACGCGACAAUGAGGUGUGGAUCAGCACACGACGCGCCGCACGUAACAUGACCUACCAGGGUUUUACGGCUGAAGAAGGCAACGUUGUAGUGCUCGCCGAAGUCACGGGUCAAGAACUGUUGGGCGUGCAGCUGUCGGCGCCGCUGACUCAGCACAAAAUCAUUUAUACGCUGCCCAUGCUGAGCAUUAAGGAGGAUAAGGGCACGGGUGUUGUGACCUCGGUGCCAUCCGAUUCGCCGGAUGAUUAUGCCGCUCUUGUGGAUCUGCAGAAGAAGGAGGCAUUCCGUCAAAAGUAUGGACUGACCGAUGAGAUGGUGUUGCCUUAUGCGCCCAUACCUAUCAUUGAUGUGCCUACGCUGGGCAAGCUGAGUGCUGUGCAUGCUUAUGAUACGCUUAAAAUCCAAUCGCAAAAUGACAAAGAAAAGCUGGCCGAAGCUAAGGAACUUUGUUACUUGAAGAGUUUCUAUGAUGGCGUUAUGCUGGUUGGUGAGUUCACGGGUCGUAAGAUUCAGGACAUAAAGAAGGACUUGCAAAAGCGUCUAACAGACGCCAAAGAGGCUGACAUUUACUAUGAGCCUGAGAAGACCAUCAUAUCACGCUCUGCUGAUGAAUGCGUGGUUGCGCUGUGCAAUCAAUGGUAUCUUAACUAUGGUGAACCUGAGUGGCAAGGACAGGCAUUCAAAAUACUGAAUGACAUGGAGACGUUCCACGAGGAGGCACGCAAUAACUUUGAGGCUUGUCUGAAUUGGCUGCAUGAGUACGCAUGCUCGCGCACUUACGGACUGGGUACUAAGCUGCCUUGGGAUGAGCAGUGGCUCAUUGAAUCCCUCUCGGACUCAACUAUUUACAUGGCUUUCUACACGGUGUCGCAUCUGCUGCAAGGAGGCACUUUCCGUGGCGAGAAAUCGGGUCCAUUUGGCAUUAAACCCGCUGAUGUGACGCCGGAAAUCUGGGAUUAUAUCUUCUUUAAGGAGACGCCUCUGCCUAAGAAGUCUGCCAUCAAGCCGGAACAUUUGGCUGUGAUGCGUCGCGAAUUCGAGUACUGGUAUCCCAUGGAUUUGCGCGUCUCUGGAAAGGAUCUGAUAAAUAAUCAUUUGACUUUCUGCCUGUACAAUCACGCCGCCAUUUGGCCCAAUGAUGAAACAAAGUGGCCCAAGGGAAUGCGUGUCAAUGGCCAUCUGCUGCUCAAUUCAGCCAAGAUGUCCAAGUCUGAUGGCAAUUUCCUAACAUUGCACGAGGCUGUUGAUAAGUUCUCAGCGGAUGGCAUGCGUCUGUGUUUGGCUGAUGCUGGCGACAGCGUGGAGGAUGCUAACUUUGUGGAGAGCACUGCCGAUGCGGGUAUUCUGCGUCUGUAUACCUUUAUCGAGUGGGUCAAGGAGAUGCUGGCCACGCGCUCCACUCUGCGACGUGGCGCUGAGAAGACCUUCAACGAUAAGGUGUUCCUCAGCGAGCUGAAUCUGAAGACACAGCAGACGGAUGAAAACUACCGUCGCAUGCUGUUCAAGGAGGCCCUGCGUAGCGGCUUCUAUGAAUUGCAGCUGGCGCGUGACAAGUACCGUGAACUCAGUGGCGCUCAGGGCAUGCAUGAGGAGCUGGUGCUCGAGUUUAUACGACGUCAGGCAUUGCUGGUGGCUCCUAUUUGCCCGCACAUGGCUGAGCAUGUGUGGGGACUGCUGGGUAACAAGGAGUCGGUUGUGCACGCCCGUUGGCCCGAGGUGGGCGACAUCAAUGAGCAGGACAUCAUGUGCUCCGAGUAUCUGAUGGAAGCAGCUCACUCGUUCCGUCUCAACCUCAAGAAUUUACUGCAGGUCAAGGGCAAGGGUGGCAAGGAGAAGGCUGUGGAUGCGCAGACAGCGAAGCCAAAUCGUGGUUUGAUCUGGGUGGCUAAGACGUAUCCUCCCUGGCAAUGCUGUGUGCUGGACACCAUGCGCGAGUUGUACAACAAGGAAACAAAGACGCUCCCCGAUAACAAAGUCAUUGCAGCCACGCUGCAACAGAAGGCCGAGCUGAAGAAGUUCAUGAAGCGUGUGAUGCCCUUCGCGCAAAUGAUACGCGAGAAGGUAGAGACGGGCGGCAAGGGUGUGGCUGCAUUGGCUGUCACUCUGGAGUUCGAUGAGCGUCAGGUGCUGCUCAGCAAUCUAGAGUAUCUGAAGAACACGCUGGAUUUGGACAACCUGGAAAUCAAGUAUACUGAUGAUCCCUCGGCGCCCGAGAAGACACGCGAGGAAGUGCGCCCUGGUUCGCCGUUCAUUGCCUUCAGCGUUGCACCUCAUGUCAGUGUCGAAUUGACCAAUCCCAUAGAGCGCUCCUCGCUGUUCCAAGUGAACACUAUCGUCUCCGAGGGUGACACAGUGCAGUCGCUACGCGAGAAGCUCGCUAAAAUCAUUGGCCUGAAGGCCGAAGUGUCAACUCUGAAACUUUGGCGCUACGAGGAUCCAACUCUGGGUCCACGCAAGAUGCCCAACUUCCAGGACUAUAAAACCGGCAAGACACUGCUUACCGAUGGUGAUUUCGUACUCGACGUGGACGCGAAACGAGUGAGCGUUCAGCUGGCUGGCAAAUUGACUGAAGUAGGACGUCAACUGAUCUAUGUGGUUGAAUAGAUAAAACAUCACGGCUUCCCUCAGCAUCUUAGUAAUUUAUUCUUAAAUCGAAAAAUGUGUGACACAUUGUAAAAUAAUUGUUGGCUAUAAAAGUUUAUCUUAAUAUACGACAACACAUGGAAGUUUCAA